UUUCUUUGUUUUCAGCUCUUGUACAGUAUUUGGUUUUGGUUAAUCUUAUUCAGGUGGGGAGUCUUUCCCCCGUGAGCGUUCAAAAAAGGAAGGUCUAGUUUAUAGUAAUUUGAUUCGAUAAUCAGAUUAUUACAAGAAUCUUAAGUCGAAACCGACUUAAAUGAGGGGAAAGUCAGGAGGCUGAAAUAACCCUUGUUCCGGACGAGGUAAAUAUCAAACAGUUUGGGGGACACGCAACUCCUCGGCGCGGCGCCGCUCGAUUCGUUCCAGCCCUCCACCACCUCCGCUGCUGCUGCUCAUCCCCUCGCGAUCUCCGCUCUUGAUUCCCAACUCGCGAUCUGCGCGCGAUUUCAGUUUAGGGCUGAUUUUGUUUGCCUUUUGUGAAGGAACGAGCAAUCUCGAUCGAUCUCGAUGUAUAUCAGUGAGGACGAAUUCAACAAACUACGUGAUGCUUUUGUUGCUGCAUCCAAACGCCAUAUGAGGCCACUCACGUUGCCUAAAGAGAUGGAAGUACUCAAAGGGAAGCGUGAUGUCAAGAUCGCGAAAAUAGCACUGCACGCUUAUGCUAAGCAAAACAAUAUUCCGGCUGCUGAGUUAGAAUUUGUGGAAUUGAAAGGAAGCAGUUUUUUUCAUGAAGGUAGGAAAGAAUACCGACACUACAACUUUUUGGUGAAAUGUUCAGAUGGCACAACUACUUUGUUCUUUGCUGAGACAUGUCCCUGCUGCAAAGAGGACAGUGGCAUUUACCUGUGCUGCCCUUUGGAAGAGAAUGACAAUGGUAAAUGCUUUGGUUGCCAAAAGUGUGGCGUGGAACUUAGGCAUCCCACUUUUGCUGACUAUUUCGGUGGCCAUAGGGAUAUCUGUAUUAUAUUCUCAGAUAUAGAUGAUGAAGUUGCAUGUUAUAUUUAAGGCAUCCAGGAUAUCUGUGCUGCAGACCGCUUAUAUUUAAGGCUGUGUUUAGUUUACGCCAAAAUUAAAAGUUUGGUUAAAAUUGGAACGAUGUGACGGAAAAGUUGGAAGUUUGUGUGUAGGAAAAUUUUGAUGUGAUGAAAAAGU